AUGGUGCAGGGUCAUCGGUCCCCCUAUCGCUCCGAUCGGGCAAAGCGCAAUGUUGUCGGAUCGGCUGGAGGCACCGCUGAGCGGUCUGAGGGUUUCAGCCAUCCAGGAAAGGUUGCUGAGAAUGAGGAAGAGUCGGGCAUUGCUGGCUUCGGGAACACCACCUCGGGAACCCAAACUGACUCCUCGACGAUGGCAGGUCAAGCCCCCGCAAAGGAAGACCUCAGGGUGGUAGCCGAUUUGGUAGCAAAAAGUGUUCUCGUCGAAGUGAGGGAGGAUCCAGCUGGACAACAAGCCACCGCGACUGCGGCAAAUGCGCCAGAAGCUGCUCCACUGACACACCCUGACAGUCCACAAGUACCCCUUCGCGACGACGAAAGCCCAAUAUGGAUCAAAGCGGUGGAGCUCUUCGAAAAGGAAAAAUUAGAAGAGUAUGGGCUGAUCGUUGGCCAAAUCGCCAAAAUUCAAGAGCUGAAAGAUGGGGGCACCUGGGGCACCUGGUUAGAUGCCCCGGGGUUGGGCCUAGCGGCCAAGGAGACGAAAUGCAAGUGGCUCCGGACAUGCAAGGCAUAUAUGCCCUCUCUGGGCACGGUCAAGGGCAUAGCGCAAAGCCUAAGCGAUCUGGAUCCCCACAAGGUCGCGCCUCUUGUUACCACGGGCGUGUUCCUUCUUGUCGAGCUCUGUUUCGGUAUCUGGGACCCCGAAGCACGCGACAAAGUAAUGGGCUUUCUAUUGAAGACAAACAUUUUCAUUAGCAAGUCGGCUUCCCGCGAAGGUGAACUAAAGCGGAUGAAGAUGAAUUCCAUGCAGGAGGUGAAGCAGAAGGUUGGACUGAUAGAAGAGAGGCUCUGUAAGUUAUACCUCGACAGCCUUGCGCUGAUUUCCGAGAUACACAAAGACGGACGGACUCGAUACAGUCGUUCCAAAGCGAGUUUGAUCUCGGGCCCUUCCGAAUGGGGACGGGCGUAUGAGCAGAUUCAAGACGGAGACUCAGAACUCGGAGAGCUAAAGAGUCAAGUUGAGUUGAUACUCAAGGCCAUCGAAACGAACAGUGAAACGCUCGAUUGGAUUUGGAGCCGCCAAGAGGACCCGGAGCCUCUGCACCAGACAGUCAACGAGAGGACCGGUGUCCAGAACACCAGCUCGAUGGUCGGUAACUGGUUCCUUGAGACGUCCGCGUUCACAUCAUGGGUGGCUGGUAUCCGUGAAAAUACAGCGGAGAAUCUAGUUUUCUGGGUGAAGGGAUCUACUAUGCAACUCUACCAAUCGGCGAAAUCAAAUCCAGAAGCACAGGUCACUAUGAAGAAGGCAUGGGAGCCAUUACUCAAGGAGCUUAUCGCUUCUAGCUCCACCGCGAUCGUACUUGUACUCGACGCGCUCGACGAAUGCAAGUUACUUGACGACUACAUGACACUGCUCGAAUUCCUAUCCAAUCUGCCGCGGGGACCAAAUGGCCCCUAUCUACUACUCUCGUCGCAGCCACACGUUCCGGUGAGGAGUUACUUUGGUGGUUCUGUGCAGACAUUUGAUGUUGUACAGCCCGAGCCAAGGAAUGACAUGAAGAACUUUAUUGAUGAUCAGAUUGCCUCAAAAAGCAAACAGGUCAGAUGGGAGAAGAGCGUUUUCUUCAAGGACGCUGCCUUGCUCGAUGAACUAAAGGCUGCGUUGUUGGAGUCUGCUGGUGGAAUGCUUCGUUGGGUCGAAAUUUGGCUCGGUGUGUUCUUCCCCAGGAAUAGCAAUGCUGUGAAACGUGAAGUCAACGCGAAGACGCUUUUGAACAAACUCAAAAAGCUCGAGAGCCUGAGAGAUCUCCCCCAUGACAAAAUCGAUGAGUCCAGACACGACCGAGACAAGAUGGCCAUCAGGGAUGCCUACGAGAAGCUUUGGUAUGUCAAUGGGGAUUACGGUCAGGACAAAGAUCUGCAAGUCCGUCUUUUCCAGAUAAUGACCGCCGCAUUCGAGAACCUAACGCCCCAGGCGGUCCACGAAGCUGUCUGUUUCAACCCAAGCAAGCCUGAACACUAUGAGGAGCUGGAGCACGAUCACAUCGAACGACUGUAUUCCAGUUUCUUGAAGGUGAACGAAGAAGGCCGUCUUGAGUAUGAACAUCUUUCAGCCAAGAAGUUCGUGGAUAAAAUUAGAGAUGCUGGUAAAGCUACCUUCUCAAUCAAGGAGAGUCAUCGAACAAUGGCAGACGUGGCCAUGUGUGCUUUAGAACGACCUGAUCAUCCAAUAUGGAUCAACGCCGGAAUAGACCUGGUCGGCUGGGGGGCCAGCGCGGCAGCAUCGGUGCGAAGCUCAUAUUUGACGACAAAACCUUGGCAUGGACCAAUCGAGUUCAAGCUGAGGCCGCCGAAUCUCCUGCGCUUUGGCGCAUAUCUUUUUCGAUUCUGGCUUCGCCAUUGUCAGACUCUCCACGGGGAGAACUCAUUUAUUCAGCGAAUGGGAAAGUUCUUCCAAAGCGCACACCCUGGUUUCGAAGGUUGGGUCAUCUGUCAGGCCGAACGAUACGGUUCGGGCUCCCGAGGCAUUGAUGCAAUCUACCACAAUACUAUCACUUACAUGGAGGGCCAAGAGAAUGAAGCGCUGAAACCCAACCCCUUCCUCUCUAUGGUGAGCUUCGGCUUCUCCCCUGUCUCUCACAACACAGACCAGCCAGCCCUCUUGUCCGGAUUUGAAGACGCCACAGUUCGAAACCUAUCCUACAAGACUGCACUGCAUGUCGCUUGCGAAGCAUCGAAUAUAACCAUGGUGAAGGAUCUCCUCGAGUUAGAAUGCUGUAGACAAGGCUCAUGUCCCUCGCUCCUAACCACGGAGGACAAUUGUGGCCGAAUCCCACUCCACUUAGCCAGGGACGAUGAAGUUGUCAAGAUCUUGCUGGAAUAUGAAAUACGCGGGUCUCCGAUUUCAUCGACCACCCGUGACCCAAGAAGGAGCCAAAAGCUUCACUGGGUGGACAAAGGAGGUGAAAUACUGAUGAGGAAUAAGAUAUGGGUGGGUUGCAGCGACAGUCUGGUCAAAUGGAUACUCCAGGAGUACAUUGUUGAACCAUGGACGCUGUACUACCUCUAUCGCACAGCUGUCAACCUAGGGAACUUAAAGACCUUCAAGUAUCUCGUUGAGAGAGGAGCAGAUCCUGACGUCAAAGUAGGGGAUGGGCACACGCCGGCUUUGUCAAUCGCCAUGAGCACUGAUAAUCUGCCCCUCGCUACUUUACUUCUCGAUCACGGAGCGACUUUUGAUAACUCCGAGGUGUUGGGGGAGACCUUGAACCGCGCUGUCAAGUCUGGAAACCCAGAGAUGCUUCAUCUCUUGGUCAACAAAGGAGCGAUAAUUGACAUUAAGGGGCUGCAUGGGACGACGGCUCUAUAUGAAACUGUUAGACGCCAGAGGCUCGACAUAGUCGAAUAUCUUUUGAGUCAACGAGCCGAUGCGUGCGCGCCACAGGGUCAGUUCGCCCAUACCAUUCUCCAAGUAACGGCAGCUACGGGCAGCACCAAGACGAUGGGGCUGCUGCUUGAUUAUGGAGCAGAUAUCAACGCGGCAGGCAGGCCAGAGGACCAUGAAACACCCUCGUUGAAAAGGAUCUUAGCUGAGCACCCAAAAUUUGGGACCCUGCCCUUUCUCGAAACACCUUUGAAGGUUGCUGUGAAGGCCCAGAGGGAGGACAUGGUGGAAUUUCUCCGCGAGAACCAGCCAAAGUUGGGCCACUCAGCUUCCAGAGUCAGCUCACCCAGCUUCCGACCUUCAUUCGUCGUUACCCAGCUCUUUUAUUCCGCAUAA